AUGCAGGCCGCCGCCGCCUUCAACCGGGCAGCCUUCACUGCCCGCCCGCUGCAUCGCCCCCCAAGGCCCCUCCUCCACCUAGCUGGGGCGGAGGAUGCUUUGGAGGGAACAAGAGGCGCGCCCCUGACACGGCCCCCGUGCUUCGGGGGCGCGCCCCGGCCCCGGUGCUCCGGGAGCCUCUCCGUCGGCGUCGGUAGCUACAGCAGCGGCAGCGUUGACUAUCUAUGCACAUCUGCAGAGCACACUUCUGUAUUUCCAAGACAACAAUCAUGGGAUCCCUAUAAGCUUCUUGGUGUUGAUCAUUAUUCAUCUGAAGAAGAGGUCCGCAGUGCACGGAAUUUUCUUCUAAAACAAUACGCUGGAUAUGAAGAAAGUGAAGAGGCCAUUGAAGGUGCUUAUGACAAGAUAAUAAUGAAUAGCUACUCACACCGUAAGAAAUCCAAAAUCAAUCUGAAAAGCAAGCUAAAAAAGCAAGCUGAAGAAUCCCCAUCAUGGCUUAAGGCACUGCUUGGAUACAUUGAGGUGCCAUCACUAGAGAUCAUUUCAAGGAGAUUUGCUUUUUUGCGUUCUUUUCUGGGUCAACUUCUGCUGAGACUGGGCCUGCCUUUCGGGUAUGCUUGGAUUCAUUUGAAUAACUACUCAAACGCUGUUUGA